AUGAUAAAUUCAACAACCUCAAGAAUUCGUGACGACAAUGAAGAUUAAAAUCAUCGCCUCAAAAUUCUUGAAAUAAAUGCUCAUUAAUUCUAUGCCUAAUUAAAACCAUUAUUUGCUGAGAAUACUCAAUUAAAACAAAACCUCAUUGAACUUAAUGUUUAUAUAGAGGAAAGGAAAAUGCACCUUUGUAAAUAUUUAUCAGACGUUGGACCUAAUGGAGAGGAUCUCAUUCUUGUUAAGGCAGUGGGGGACUUAUAAUAGAUUUGCGAUUUAAUUGGAGAUGAGAUUAAAAGGCUUCGAUCACAAAUUGUUACUUAAAUAGAAGUUUAGCAGUCUAAUGAAUAAUGUCUCAAGGAAGUUAGAUCAGAUUUACAAAAGGAAACUGAACGGUUCCUAAAUGAAAAAUAACUCCUUAUUGACUAAAACACAAUAUCUCAAUAAACUCAUAAACAAAUUAUUGAGAACCUUAAAGCUUAAAUCGAUAUACUUGUAAAUUUGCAUCACUUAUGA